AUGGCCUCCCUAAUCCACUCACUCGUAGGCGCCCUGACGGGCCAUACCGACACGCUCUGUACCGUCCUCGCCGACCACGGAUUCCAGGUCGAGUACCCGCUCUCGCUCUCGUACACCCACGAUCUAAACAACUACUGGUCCGCAGCCUGUUCCGACCUCCAUCCGGAAUGCACGGUGAGUCCGCGCAACGCGCAGGAGAUGGCGGACGUGAUCGCCGCGCUGGGACAUACGCAGGAUCAGUUCGCCGUCAAAUCGGGCGGCCAUUCGCCGAACCUGGGCUUCUCGAGUACGCAGGGCGGCGUGCUCGUUGUCACGAAGAAUCUGGAUCAGGUGGUGUAUGAUGCUUCGACGCAGACGGCGGUGAUCGGGCCCGGUCAGCGGUGGGAGGAUGUGCAGGAGAAGCUGGAGCCGACGGGACGGGCGGUCGUUGGUGGACGGUUGGGGGGUGUGGGCGUGGGAGGAUUGCUUCUUGGUGGUGGCCUCAGCUAUCUCAGUCCGCAAUAUGGCUGGGCAGCCAACAAUAUCCUCAGCUAUCUCAGUCCGCAAUAUGGCUGGGCAGCCAACAAUAUCCUCAGCUAUGAGGUCGUUUUGGCCAACGGGACCCUGGUGAAUGCCAAUGCGGAGGAGCACUCGGACCUCUUCGCUGCUCUCAAAGGAGGCGGAGGUAACUUUGGCGUCGUCACUGCAUAUACCGUUCAGACACACCCGAUGGACCAUCCCGUCUGGGGAGGGACGUAUGUCUUUGGCGGCGACAAGACCGAGGAGAUGCUUGCUGCCCUGCGGGACUUCGUCGAAUACUACCCGGACGAGAAAGCCUCGAUUAUCCUGACCCGGGAACAUGCCACGCUGCUGAAUACGUGGAUUAUGUUUCUGUUCUACGAUGGGCCAAGUCCCCCGGCUGGGAUCUUCGAUAACUUCACGGCGCUGAACCCGUUGGAUCAAACCAAGACUUGGAGCAGCUACGCCGAUCUCCUGAAAAACGGGGACCAAUUCAUCCUUCAUGGAAGCCGAUAUAGCAUCGCCGGGGAGACCAUCCCAGUUCCCCACGACAUGUCACCCACAGUUCUGCAGUCUCUCUUCGACUUUUGGCUCGAUGUGAACAACGAGGUGUUGCUGGAGCUGGGCAUGGUUGGCACGAUGGACUUUCAGCCCUUGCCCCGAAGCAUUGCACAGAAAGCGCUGCAGCGCGGAGGAGACCUCCUGGACUUCCCGCCAGAUCAAGACUACAUUGCCCUGCAAAUCACCCUGCAGUGGUUGCUAUCGACGUCGGAUGCCCGGAUGCUCGACGCCACACGGACGCUCUUCAAGGGCUUCAACCGCCUAAUCUCGCAGCAUAUCGCGAACGGAACUCUGCCGGAUGUCUACCGUCCGUUGUAUAUGAAUGAUAUCCACGCAGACCAGGAUUACUGGGGUCGACUGCGGACGCGGGACCGGGCCUUGCAGACCAGGCGGAAGUAUGAUCCUACCGGGUUCUUUCAAACCCGGACCAGUGGAUUUCGCUUGUCUUAA